AUGUCGACCCCCUCAGCCGUAUUUCACCUCUUCACCACAUCCAUCCUCUUCACUUUUCGGGAAGCACAAUCCCCCCUGGAAAACACGAUGGAGGCGACACUCUACAAAUUCUGCGACACAGCAGCUUCGGGGAAACAACAAGUCAAAGACGCAGCCUUUCAGGUGCGAACCACGUCAACCAUUCUCGAAGAAAUUGGCAAGGUAUUCGAAGAUGAAGGCCAGGUAUCAAAGCCGCUUUUCUCGAGGAAUGCCAUUACGACAGCCAACGAGAUAGUGGAGAGAUGCUCAUUGAUCUUCGAGACUCUUCGGGAAAUGUUCAAGGAUGCAGAAAGCACGGUCGGGUUGCUCAAGUUUGGGCUUCAGAAUUCGCGUCUUAGGGUGUUUCGGGUGGAAUUGAGUGAGAUGAAGAGUAAUCUUCAAUGUAUAAUGCAGGUUGUUAUCUAUGCUAGGAUGAAAGCUGAGCAGAGAGCUGCAUUAAAGGGAUCAGAGCAACUGAGACUCAUCAAAGACCUGAUUUCACAACAGCUUAACUUCUGGGAAAGGUAUAGACAGACAAACCCUACAAAUUCGAGUCCCGAUGACGCUGUAAAAGCACCGCUAGCAUUAGCGAACCUCGAGAUUCUCCGACACCACAACCACAACGAUCACAAAGCAUUGCCUCAAGUAACACUGGAUCUGUCAGCAACAACAACCCCGAAGAUCAACAGCAAGCUCAACCCCCAGACUCAGAACUCACUUACUGCCUCGCCUUAUACUACCUACAACCGCUAUGAACCGCCUCGCAGACCCAGCGGUACGAUUGCCGAGUUGCUUGGGGAUUUUCCGGACAGGAGCGAUACUGGGUCACAAAAGGGCCAGGAGAUUCAGGAUAAAAAGGAGCUUGCAUAUGGAGGUGAACAAGCUCAUUGGGAGGUGAACAAGCUCAUUGGGAGCUUGAGCCUCGGACUCAUGCGCACCGCGCGACUAAAGAAGAUGGCCAAGAGUUGA